AUGGCUGUGACUAAUCUUACAUAUUUAAUACUAGAUGGACAUAUGGAUUUACAGAACUAUCGAUGUGUUUAUUUUUUAAUCACUCUCACAGUGUACGUAUCUAUUAUUGUGUUUAAUACCUCUGUCAUUUUUACCAUAUUCAUGAACAAACAUCUUCAUGAGCCCAUGUACAUUUUCAUUGCUGCUUUGCUGUGUAACGCUCUCUUUGGAGCGACUGCUCUUUAUCCUAAACUGCUCAUUGAUUUAUUGUCUGAAAAACAAAUAAUCACUUUUGGAGCCUGUUUAUUUCAGGCAUUUUGUAUGUACACAUAUGCUACAUCAGAGUUUCUGCUGUUAUCAGUUAUGGCCUAUGACAGAUACGUGUCCAUCUGUAAUCCAUUACAAUACGCAACAAUUGUAAAAAUGUCAACGGUCAGGAACCUCAUACUGUUCUCAUGGCUUUUGCCUUGUUGUGAAAUUGGUGUUGCAGCUGUACUCACUUGUCAACGUCAGUUGUGUAAAUUUAAAUUGAACAGAAUAUAUUGUGAUGGUUACUCCAUUGUUAAAUUAAGUUGCAGAGAAACAUCUGUGAACUACGUAUAUGGACUAUUUAUUUUCAGCAUUGCUGUAAUUCCUCCUGUGAUCUUCAUCGUCUACUCAUAUAUCAGAAUUCUCACCGUGUGUUUAAAGAAUUCUAAAGAUUUCAGAAGAAAAGCUUUACAGACGUGUUUGCCACAUCUUCUUAUUGUCAUUUUUCUUUCUGUUACCUUUUUUUUUGAAAUUAUAUAUAACAGACUAGAAUCAAAUCAAAUUCCCCACAUCAUUGCCAUGAUCCAAUCAGUUGAAUAUAUACUCAUUCCUCCUUUAUUCAAUCCAAUAAUAUAUGGAUUAAAGUUGCAGGAGAUUUUGAAAAGCAUGAAGAGACUGAUUUCAUGGAAACAGAGGACCUCAAUUUCUUUUUAA